UGAGGGAAAACAUUUACCGGCUCACUCUAAACUCAACCAAAAUAAGCAAGAAUAAGUUUUUUUUUUUUUUUAAAAGCGGGGUUUUUGUUUUGUUAUUAUUUACCAAGCAAUUUAAAGGGAAUCGAGGCGUGGGUGGCUAGCUAUGGGAUUUUUUUUUUCUCUCCUCAAAUGUUGGUCGGUGGUGGAAGAGGAGGGGUUGGUAUGGGCUUUACCAAGCUAGCGGACGGCAUUACGCAGACUGGCUGAACAAGUUUAAAUGGUUGUCAAAGUGGACAAAGUUGCCUUAAACUCAACUCGGGGGGUAAACACGACUGUGAGGGAGCGAGCGGAAACGCUAACGCGGCUGUUGUGUGUGUGGUAUAAGCGUAAUAACGCGUAAUAACGUUAGCACGUCCCCCCCCCCUCAAACGCUAGCCUCCUGUGAGCUAGCGAGCCAUGGCCGUGCUCGGUUGUUAUGGACCAAACACGGUUUAACGGGACUCUCUAAUGGAAGUAGCGUCGUGUUUUCUAUUUGUUUUACAUUUUAUACAAGUUGCCGACUAUUAGCCACACGUGUUUUUACUCAAAACACGAUAUAUCGACGGCACGUCGAGCAGACAGCGUUGUUUAGUUGUUGAACCAGUUUUGGGGGAUUCACGCUGUGUGUUCAGUACGGUAACGAAACUUGGGGGAAUGACUAAAAGCUUCUUGUGUGAGAGGAAACGAGAAGGGGAGAAAGGACAAAAAAAAAAGAAAAACGCAGGAAAAAAGAAACUGAGGAAAUCCCCCGAAAGGAAAUGCCAAUCGCAGCCGCUGGACAGCCAACGACUCAGGAGCCCAGAGUUUGCCCCCGACUGCCCUCCACCCCGGAGCCUGUCCCUAAAGGGGCUGAUUUAUUCGACGAGGCGGGGGCGGCGGAGUCGGCAGAGCGAACAGAGUACGGGGGCGCGGAGGGGGGCAGAGGACUCGGGGGCUAUAGUUACAGCCAGAGCGGCGCUAGGGGCUUUGUACAGCCCGGAUCCAUCAACGCUUCUCCGCCGCAGUCCCCAGCCGCGUCCUCCUCUUUUCUUUUCCACCCCCUUCACUCCCACCAAAUGGCCAUGGAGCCCCCAAGGACUCGAUCGCGUUCUCGCUCUGGAUAUUACCAGCAGUACGGUGGUGGGAAUGGCAACGGAAUUACCGGCAGCGGAGUCAUGGGAUCUAACCAUCAUCACCAUCACCACCACCACCAGCAUCACCAGCAGCAGCAGCAGCAGCAGCAACUACAUCCUCAGCAGCAGCAGCAGCACGGUGCCGGUUGCGCUCCACUUGGAGCUCACGGCAACCACUCGGAGAACCAGCCGCGACCCCCAGGAAGUAACGCCUCUCCCGGCAUUCAGAGGCUUUCUUCGGUUCCCGGAGCGCACCGCAUCCCGGCGGCAGGAGCCUCUGGCGGGUCCUACCACUGCCACCCAGACCAUGCAUAUGGAGAGGAGAGCGAUAAGAGUGAGGAAAGCCCCAGUCCAAAACGCCAGAGGCUGUCCAGUCAGUCUGUAUUGGAACAGCUAACCUCAUCCGCUCCCCCACCGUCCACCCCAUCUCCCCCCAUCCGACCCUGGGAGUCAGGACCCCCAAGUCGGAGACAACCUCACCCCCACACACACUACCACCAGGAGAGAUGCCUCACUCCUGCUCGGCACAGGCGCAGCCCGCCAGCGAGGCGUCAACGUGGUCGUCUCUCUAGACCCACCCGUCACCUGCCUUCCCAUCACCACCCCUCCACCCAAGGCCCUCCACCUCGUCUGUCGCCAUCAGAGCUCCAGGAUGAGAACUACCACCGCAACCCCCAUCCCUCCACACACCAGACAUACCCAACACACACACCCAGCGCCUAUGGCCAGCCUCCUUCAGCGGGAGGCGGGGGGUCAGGUUUGGAGGAGCCCAGAGCUUUUCACCCUCCCACCUUGUCGCCACGACUACUGCACCCGGCUGCUCACCACCACCACCACCAUCACCAUCAGCAACAGCAUCAUGCAACACAACAACAGCAAGGAGCCAUGGUCAUGGACUUGCAUGAACAGCUGCAGCAGGCCAGUGUACCAGUGUCCUACACAGUGACCCCCGUCCCUCCACACGGUCUCGCAGCACCUUUGUGUAGCGGCCAGCACCUUCCCCCUACCUGUUCCUCACAACAACAAGUCCCCGCCUGCAGCGUGGUCUUCAGCACUGGACAACACUACCACCCGAUGCUACAGGCAUGUUCAGUGCAACAUUUGCCGGUGCCCUACGCCUUUCCUUCUCUGCUGUCAAGUGACCCUCAGUUCCUGCUUCCCCAUCCACCCCACCUCUCUCACCACCCGCCACACCUCCCCUCACCCGGACAGUUCCUACCUUUCCAGACACAACAACCACGAUCGCCCUUACAGAGGAUCGAAAAUGAGGUUGAGCUUUUGGGAGAGCAGCUUUCAGUGGGUGGAGGCUUCAGCUAUGCCCACCAUCAUCACCACCAUCAUCACCAGCCUCCCUCCACCCUGCCGCCCUCCACACCACUCCAGUUCCUCUCGCACCACGACCCCCUGUCGCAGGAGCUCUUUACAGUGCCCUAUCCCCACUUUAUGCCUCGCCGAUUCACAAGCCGGCGUUACCGCUCUCAGCAGGCUGUACCCCCAUCACCCUACCACCCGAGCUUCCUGCCUUACUUCCUGUCCAUGCUUCCUGUACCCCCAAAUGUGGCCCCCACUAUCAGCCUAGAGCUGGACGUGGACGACGGAGAGGUGGAGAACUAUGAGGCCCUGUUGAACCUCGCAGAACGUUUAGGAGAGGCAAAGCCCCGCGGUCUAACUAAAGCAGAUAUAGAACAGCUUCCAUCAUACAGGUUCAACCCCAACAACCAUCAGUCUGAGCAAACACUGUGUGUGGUAUGUAUGUGUGACUUCGAGUCUCGCCAGCUCCUCAGGGUCUUGCCCUGUAAUCACGAGUUCCACACCAAGUGUGUAGACAAGUGGCUUAAGGCUAACCGAACCUGUCCUAUUUGUCGAGCCGAUGCCUCUGAGGUCCAGCGGGAUUCUGAGUGACCUCAUAUCAAGACUCAGCACCCGCAAUCCCGGACUCCCUUUUGGAUGCACCAACCGAUCAGUGAACUCCACUCCUUCUAUUACACACCUCCCGCUCACUAACACAUUCUGCCACAUAACUGGGACCAGUGCUCUUUUAAUCCUCCAGGACAUUGAACAGUAGUUCUCAUCUGGGAUCAGCAACUUUCUACCGAUUCAUGCUCACUUUAUCGCUGGACUUCAUAGACCUUCUGUUUUGGACUUUUUCGCCCCUACUACUCUGCCUUCUGCUCUUGGUUAACCCUUACUAUGAAUGGCCUUUGAAACACAUACACACAGUGUCAUGUGCAGGUGGACAUAUAUAAGUGUAUUUUUUUAAACGCAUUAUGAGCCCUUCCAAACUGAUGCGACCUGUUCAGUCUUGUAGGUGACGGGCGGGGGGAAAAGCCUUCUGUAUAGUUGUACUAACAAACAUUUAGGAAGAAUUUGGCAGUCCAAAGAUUAUGAUAAUGUCAUUGUUUUUAUUCUGGUUAUAAUUAAGCAUCCACAUUUUGGCCCACAGAGACUGUCAUUUUUUUUUACUAGACUCAUUCUAAUUGCAGUUGAACCGUAUCAGUCCAUUUUAAUUUCCGUGUGUUUAUUCUUGCAUUCCUCUGUGUGAGAGCAGUUUGAGCUGUAUGAGGUGAAACAAAGAUACUGUACACUGUGUGUCAAAGAGUGAGCUACUCUGGAACAACGGAAAAAUGUACUUUAUUUUCUCUAUACGUGUGUCUGUGUGAAAGUGCCUGUGUGUGUCCUUGCACUUGUGUGUGUGUGUGUGUGUGUGUGUGUGUGUGUGUUACUCCUUCUGUGGUAUUUAUACAGCUCAUGUGGUAUGCAGUGCAUUGACUUCCUAAAUCCUGUUUCUUUUUUCACUCUACGUCACAUAGAUUUAGACUCACUGGAGGUUGUGGGUAACGUCAGACUGUUUUUAUAGCAAAGAUUCGUUCAAAAAUCAAAGUUCAAAUUAAAAGUGCAGGACCAAGGGCACCUCCAGGGAAGUCAACAAUGCUUUUGUGUCAUGCCAUUAUCACGCUUUGACGCUCUGUCACUCCAUGUCAACCCUUCUGCAUUGUUCAUGUCUCUCAAGCUAGUAAAGGCCGGAGGCUUUUGAAAGACAUUUUUCAUGACAUAUUAUGUCCUUAACCUAAAGGAAACAGAUCAGGACUAUUUAUCUUCCACGACAUAUCCACUAAGCUCUAACCCAAGGCACAUCAUGUGAAUACAGUUGGAUCCUACAGAGCUUGACAAGGUGGAUGCAAAGCAUUCAUUAAAAAUGUCAUCAAAACGCUCACUUUACUAGCUUUCUAAUGGGAAUGAGGCCUUUUUUUUAUGUGUCUAUCUGUCUUAGUACCCAGGCAGAAUUCUGUAAGUGUUGCUAAAUAUGGAUGCUAUGUUUUUGUCCACCAUUGACAAGGAACAAGUUUGAAGAGACUUAUAAGGUCACAGAGAAAUCUACUGUUUCACCAGACGGUGGAUUUGACACUUGAGCACUUUAAUACAUAGAUUUAAGACCUACACACUCUUUUCAUCCUGAACAAACCACUGAUCAGUUUCCCACAGUCCCACGUGUGUAUGCGAACAAACAUUUAAAAACAUACAGUAUAUGUUCUCCGCGUCAUCUUCAUACAGUAUCAGUUCCUUUUUUAUAUUCUUCACACUGCACAUCUGUUUAUUUCCAGAGGUUUUAGGGGCUCUGUUUUGUACUUUAUCUCUGUAAGGCCUAUGUCAGCAUGUGAUAAUGUGACUCAGAGAUGUUCACCUCAUGCACAGAGCAAGCUUUCUAAUGUAAUUUAUCACUAUUUAUCACAAUUGGUGUUUUGUGUCCAGAUGACAACCUAACAUAGGCCUUAUAGAGACAAAAAGUUUGGUUUGGAAAAGUUCUGCCAGGCACCUGCAGUGUCUUACAUCUGAGAUGCCUUUUAUAAAGCUUCAUUUUCUCCUGGUACUUGUAUUUAUCCAGUGUCACCACAUCACACCAUUACAUUUUUUUGCUAAACCAACAGUGUGUCAUUGUCCAGGAAGAUGAAUUCAUUGUUUUCUAAAACUCUUCCUCAGCGUAGUCCGUGUAUAAAGUCAUGUAAUAUCCAUGGGAAUGGAGGGAAGGUAUAUUUUCUGUCAUCUUUUUUUCUUGGGGGGGCCUGACUGUAUGCAUCCAUUUUGUGUCUUAGGAUUGUUUUUGUUUUUUUAUGUUGGACAGUUUUUGUUGUUGUUGUUGCUUGGUACACUAGCAAUUACCUCAGUCCCACUAUUUAUGUCUUUUCAGAAAAUGGCGCAACCAGUAUGAUUAGUGCUUAUUGAUUUAUUUUGCUAAUCUUUUUUCCAUGCAAGUUGUUGGGUUGUUUGGACAUUUUUCCUUUUAAACUCUAUGAAACUCUGUCAUUAAAAUGGUGUCAUAAUAGUUUCAUUAUGUAUUAUAUCUGUAACCAAAAUCAUUUGAAGGCCUGUUAUGAUGAUAAUGAAAUUUUUAACAAACAUUUGUACAUUUUGUAUGAGAGUUAUUACUAGUAAUACUUUAUUAAGUAGUGCAAUGAUUUUUUUAAUCCCUUACCCCGUCUUUUGGAUUUCAAAAGCUGGUUCAAUAAUAAAUGUAUAACAUCCUCUUCUAAAA